UGCUAUCUAGUAGUGGAAGAAAGCUUCCAUAUCCUGUGGAACUAACAUUAUCUCGUUAUGACAUAAUAUAUGGUCCUUCAUUCUUCUAUGGUAGGAUCCAGAAGCUGACGAAUUUUAUAAAACAAUCCUUACCCUCUUUCUUGGGAAGCUAAAUUGUCCAUAACCAACAACCCUUACUAUAUUUUAUAACUACUAUAAAAAUAGAAAGCCUUGGGCUAGCUGUCACAACAUCACCUCAAAUCAUAGCAAAUUAGCCAAGGAAGAAAGUGAUCAUAAUAUGGCAACUGCAGCAGCUGGUAGAGGAGCACAAUCAAUGAACUUUAUGUAUUUCAAGCCAAUCCUGCGCAAAGCUUAUCACAGAAAAAGCACUUCCCCAGACAUGAUUAGUGAUACGGUUAAACUUAAUGCUGAGGAAGUGAAGAGCAAAGGUACUGUCAUGAAAGAUCAUAAUGACGAUAAUUGGUGGGUUCCUGAUGAUCGGACUGGAAUAUUUUACCCAAAGGGACAAGAGAAAGUGAUCGAAGAUGUUCCCUCUGCUGCAGGAAAGGCUACUAAUUAUGGAGACAUUAAUUGGUUCUCUAACCAUGAAGAUUGUCUAUAAUAAUUCCUAUUGAAAAUUUAAACUAAUUUGGUUGUUUAAAAUGUCAUUCUCGAAUAUGUAUCCACCCAUUGUUGAAGUUGCUUUGUUUUAUAAAGAAUGUCUUUCUUUUUUACCCCA